AUGGAUGACAUGUUGCAUGCGGAAGAGAGAAAAGCUUCAUGUUCAUUGGAAAUAUCACCGUUGCCACCACCACCCACCUCGACGACACAGCAUACGAAUGACCGGGUUGCUAUGGGAUGUAUGGCAAACGAGGUUGAAUGGGCGGUACCUUGGACAUAUGAAUGGGUGGUUCCAGAACGGCAAACGAUACUUGAAUUACUAACGAUUACCCCUUACUCUCUCUCUCUCUCCAGUGUAAGCGUUUGGUGCUUUCUGGGGUGGGUGGAGGAGGAGGGUUGUUGUGCUUGCCACGUCAGUGCAAUCGUUGCCUGUGAUUCUGCUGUUGACUGA